AUGCCGACCCCUGAGUCUGCGAUGUUCCUGGCUAAGAAGCCCAAGGUCCCCCCCACCUUCGACGGCGUCGACUACGAUGACACGAAGGCCCUGAAGGCGGCCCAGGACGCCAUUAUCCGCGAACAAUGGAUCCAGGUCAUGAUGGGGCGUCUGGUGCGCGAGGAGCUGAGCAAGUGCUAUUACCGGGAGGGUAUCAACCAUCUUGAGAACUGCGGUCGCCUCAGAGCCACGGCGACCACCACCACCCGGUCCUUCACCACCACCCUCACCACCCGCAAUGCCUCCCCCACAUCGCCAGCCGCCGCGCCCGCCACAGAGUCCGCCUCGUCAUCCACGCCCGACCUAACCCCUCUAACUCCCGCUGGCGGUGCUGCUGCCGCCGACGCCGCAGCAGCCAAGCCGCUCUCAUCCUGCGCCGCAGGCACCGUGCUAAACGGCCUCAACAUCUUCAAGGGCAAGACCGACCCCGUGGCGCUCCCGGACGAAGCCUACCCUGCCUGGCUAUGGACUUGCCUGGAUUCGCAGACCAAGGCCGACACGUCGGCGGAUGCGGACGCUGCGGAUGAAUUCUCCAAAUCCAAGAAACAGCGCCGCCUCGCCCUCAAGCGCCAACGCCUACACGAAGCGCGCCUCCUCGCCUCCGGCGACCUCGAGGCGCUUGCGCCCAAGAUCCCGCUGCAGAAGCAGACCAUCAACCUGCCGGCGGCGGAACCGGGGAACCUGCAGCAGGCGAUUGAGGCGGUGGAUAAGCGGGAGGAGCUGCGGAAGGCGAUGCGCCGAGAGAGAAGGGCGAAGAUUAAGGAGACGAAUUUCUUGAAGGCUAUGUAA